GCACAUAAAAAUAUGUUUUUUUCCGGCAUGUGGAAUGUUGAGUUUGUGGAUUACAAGUUUCGCAUGUCUUAUCGACUUGGCUGACUUCUGAUAAUAGUAGGCUUGUGAUUUGUGUGCAAUUAAGUUCUAUGUACAAUAGUCUUAACGCCUUAAUUGUAAAAUUAUUCGUAAUCCUGCACAUUCUUUCGCUAGCAGUUUGACAACUAGCAGUAGUUACUAAUGAAUUGAUUUAGUAAUUUGCCGUUGCCCUUGAAUGUGCAGCACCGUAAUGGCUGAAAUAUUUUCUCCAUACGAAGCAGUAAAAUGGAAUUCUGGCAAAAAACAUCCUGAUCCUCUCGUGGAAACGACAUCCCUUCGGAGUGUCUGCCCGCCGGACAUCCAGUCUUUCAAUUCCUUGAAGUUACCCCAACGAACUAUUGAUGAAGGGUUACUCUCCAUUGUCCAGCUGGAAACCGUCGCCUACGCCUGUCAAAUGCAUCGUUCGUUUCUGCCGGACGGCUAUCGCGCUGGAUUUUUAAUAGGCGAUGGGGCGGGCGUGGGAAAAGGCCGCACUGUAGCCGGAAUCAUCCUGGAGAAUUUCCUCCGAGGAAAACGGAAGUUCCUCUGGUUUAGUGUAUCCACCGACCUUGCAGCUGAUGCCGAACAGAGCCUGGAGGAAGUCGGCGCCAGCCAUAUUCCCGUGCACCGACUGGAGAAGGAGUCGUACGCGUACAACGCACUUGGCCAAAAGGAAGGAGUUAUCUUCGCCACAUACAGCAGUCUGACAUCGGGAACCAUCCAGCGAAAAGGCAUGUUUCGUAGUCGGCUACGCCAACUUAUAUCGUGGUGCGGCGCGGACUUCGACGGAGUCAUAGCGUUUGACGAGUGCCACCGGGCGAAAAAUCUUUAUCCCCCACCUGGACGAAGCAGGCACACAAAGCCGACAAAAACUGGAUUAUUUGUAGCUAAACUUCAACGCGAACUGCCAGAGGCUCGAGUGGUUUAUGCUACGGCUACUGGGGCAUCUGAACCGCGAAAUAUGGGAUAUAUGACUCGUUUAGGACUGUGGGGCGAGAGUACAGCUUUCAAGAGCUUCAAACAUUUUGCAGAAUCAAUCGAUAAACGCGGAAUAGGGGCAAUGGAAGUUGUAGCGAUGGAUAUGAAACGCAAAGGACUUUUUCUGGCUCGUCAGCUGAGCUUUGAAGGAGUGACCUUUGAAAUCCAUCAUGUUCCGCUGACCGAAGAUUUUAUAGCACUUUAUAAUCAGUGCUCCCGGCUUUGGAUUUGCGUUAGAGAAAAGUUUAUGGAAGCCGCACUGAUUGCCACGUGGAACUACAAGACAUCCACUCUGUUUUGGAUGCGAUUUUGGAACGUGCAUCAGCGAUUUUUUAAUUGUUUGUGCCUGUCAGCCAAAGUGGAGGCAGCGGUAGCAGUGGCUCACAGUGCUAUUCAGCAAGAAAUGUGUGUGGUUAUUGGUCUGCAAUCAACCGGGGAGUCCAAAACCAAUCAGUUGCGUCUGGUACUCGAAGGAAAGGAUGACGAAGCGACUGAUUUCGUAUCGACGGCUCAAGCCGUAUUCAUGGACAUUAUGGAUUGUUUCCCUCUUGUGGCUAAUUCUUUUCCUUUUGGAGCGCACCACUGGCAGAGAUAUGGUUCGGAUAACGAAAGUGUGGAUAACAGUUUUACUGAUGACGAGUAUGCGGAGGAUUUCUUAGAAGAACGGAAGGAUCAGUUUAGGGAAGCCGGUCUCGAUGAAAAACUCGUACUGGCUAAACCUGCCGAGGUCGAAGAAAAACUGAAAGAAAUGAAAGAAACUCUGCUAGCAGAAUUCGAAAGCUUUGCUGAUAAUUUACCGAAAAAUGUACUGGAUGAGUUGAUCCAUCGCCUUGGUGGGAGUGAGAAAGUUGCCGAGAUGACGGGGCGCAAAGGGCGAAUUCUCAAAGAUCCAAACGGACUGGCUAAGUACCAUCAGCGGAAACACAGUUCUGGCACUGCUUCCAUAAACUCCGAAGAAAAAGAAAUGUUUAUGAGGGGAGAAAAGUUGAUCGCCAUCAUUAGUGAAGCUGCUAGCAGCGGCAUUUCGCUUCAGGCCGAUCGUAGAGUCCCCAACCAGCGUCGUCGGCUGCACAUCACCUUGGAGUUGCCGUGGAGCGCUGAUCACGCUAUCCAGCAAUUCGGGCGAACACAUCGGGCCAACCAGACAUCAGCGCCAAAAUACAUCUUCUUGAUCAGUGAUGUUGUCGGCGAAAAGCGUUUCGCUAGCGCAGUAGCCGCCCGACUAGAACAACUGGGGGCGUUAACGCACGGAGACCGUCGCGCGACGAGAUCUUGGGGACUGACCCAGUUUAACAUAGUUGGCAAGGAAGGUAAAAUAGCUCUCAAGAAGAUGAUGAAGGCAUUCACUGAUUAUGAUGAAGACAUUCUUGGAGAUCAUUUCGAUGUGGAUUUGAACGAAGUAAAAAAGGGUUUACAAGGUAUCGGCCUUCUUGACAAUUCCGGCUGUUACCGCCGAAACGUUUCGUCCGUUAGUCUUAUGCUGAAUCGGAUUCUUGGAAUGGAGAUUUUGAUGCAAGAAAGAAUUUUUCAGUAUUUCAUCAAUUUUUAUGACAAAGCCAUCCGAACUGCGAAAAGGACUGGAAAGUUCGAUUCAGGACUGAAAGAGUAUGGAUCAUGCUCACAUCCGGCGAAACUCAUAAAGCGUUUGACCUUUAAAAAGGAUCUGAAAGAUGCAAAAACGACCAACACUUCACACGUCUAUUCUUUUGCUUUCGAUAGAGGAAUGUCCUUUGCCGAUGCCGAAAACAUCUGGAAGGACAAUGCUGGCCUUUCUAACGGUUUCUACGUCACAAAGAGUCGUGGACGGAAGUAUGUAUUUUUGGCGGUGCAUUCGAAAACUAGACACGAACCUGGCCAGCUGGCCGUUCAGCAGUUUUUUGACAUUUAUCGGCCAAACACCGGCUACCAGAUUGGCCAACGUCUUCAGAACCUGAAAACAUCGAAUAUGGUGGAUAUCGAUUAUGCGCGGCAACUGUGGACCAACAUUUACGACGAUAUGGCUAAACGGUGCAGUCAUGUUUUUGAAAAAGGGUGGUGCGAAAAUGGGCCGCGUUGUGGUAUCGGAAAAAGACAUCUUCGUGGUCGAAUUUUAAGUGGAAACAUAUUGAGCGUGUGGAGCACCCUGGAAUCAUUCGGGACACCAUACGAAAAUCGCGUAGAAAUCGUUCGUGUGGUAUUCAGCGCACAGACAAUAAUUGGAGUUUGGUUGCCAGAAACCAAACACAACGAUAUAGUGACAUCACUAACUGAGGUGCUCGGUCAGCCAAUAGACGAUACGGCAGCUUGCGUAGACGAUCUGAUUGCGAAAACAGGGCUCGGCACACCAUGUCUCAAAAGGUCAUGCAAUGCCGAAAUCUGCGACACUAAACCGGACGACAACGCUCCACCCUACUCCAAACGAUUCUGUGUUGGUGAAAUAGAAGCAGAACCAAACACAGUUUCUCACCAAAAAAGGGAAAUAGAGUUGAUUUGUCUGACGUCAUCGGAUGACGAGGAUGUGCAGUAAUGGGAUGAGUGAGAGACUGCGGAAUAUGAGCAACAAAAACCACAAAUAGCACACACUUUUCUACAGAAAAGAUUACCAGCAUUUCAUUUGCAACCUGAUCAAUGUUUUUCGCAUCGAAGUCGGUGUACAAAUAUUAUUGUGAUUGAGCUUCUGUUAAAGUAUUAAAGAUGACCUUGCCCAUAGAUGGGCGUGUGCGUGAUGUAGGAUGUUUUUUUAUGAUGAUCAGCUACAGUACUGCGUAAGACUACAUGCAUAUGCAAUAUGCAUUAACAUCGGCA